AACACCACCGAUGUCGAAAGGUCUCGGUGGGUUCUCAACGCUCCAAAGCCGCCAGGCCUGUGUCAGGAGCUCAUGGACUCCGUGAGGGAAACCAUUGCGUCUUGCAAAAGCAAGUACCACUCAUCUCUCAAGAAUCACUCUUUUGCGAAACGCGUGAUUUCGAUUCAGCAGGGGAUAUUCCCGAUUCUUUCAUGGGGUCGAGAUUACAAAGCAACAAAGUUCAAGAGUGAUUUGAUGGCGGGUCUUACUAUUGCUAGCCUCUGCAUUCCUCAGAGUAUUGGAUAUGCAACUCUAGCGAAGCUUGAUCCUCAAUAUGGACUUUAUACAAGUGUUGUACCGCCACUUAUCUAUGCUGUAAUGGGGACUUCAAGAGACAUAGCGAUCGGACCGGUGGCCGUCGUUUCACUACUUAUACCCUCAAUGGUUCAGAAACUAGUAGACCCCGGGGCUGAUCCAAUUGCAUACAGAAAUCUUGUUCUGACCACGACUUUCUUCACCGGUCUCUUUCAAGCAUCCUUCGGAUUCUUCAGACUGGGAUUUCUGGUCGAUUUCCUUUCCCACGCUGCGAUUGUUGGAUUCAUGGCAGGUGCAGCCAUAAUUAUAGGCCUUCAACAGCUCAAAGGACUUCUUGGGAUAUCUCACUUCACAAACAAAACAGAUAUCAUCUCUGUUAUAAAAGCUGUUUGGAAUUCAGUUCACCACUAUCCUUGGAGCCCUUAUAAUCUUGUCAUUGGCUGCUCAUUCCUGUGUUUCAUUCUAUUUACUAGAUACCUGGGUAAAAGGAACAAGAAACUUUUCUGGUUGGCAGCUAUUUCUCCUCUGAUAUCAGUUAUAAUAUCCACUCUAAUUGUGUUUCUAACAAGAGGAGAUAAGCAUGGGGUUAAGAUUGUGAAGCAUGUUAAAGGUGGAUUAAAUCCUAGCUCCCUUCAUGAGUUACAGUUCAAAAGUCCCUUUGUUGGGGAGGUGGCUAAAAUUGGACUCAUUGUUGGGGUUGUGGCACUAACGGAAGCGAUUGCGGUUGGCCGGUCUUUUGCUUCGAUGAAAGGAUACCACCUAGACGGGAACAAAGAGAUGGUAGCAAUGGGCUUCAUGAACAUAGUAGGAUCUUUCACUUCCUGCUAUGUUGCCACAGGUUCAUUUUCUCGAACUGCUGUGAAUUUCAGUGCUGGGUGUGAAACACUGGUUUCAAACAUUGUAAUGGCCAUUACUGUAUUGGUGUCCCUUGAGCUGUUCACAAAGCUUUUGUAUUACACUCCAACAGCAAUUAUUGCAUCAAUAAUUCUUUCCGCGCUUCCGGGACUCAUCAACCUCAAUGCAGCCAACCAUAUUUGGAAGCUUGAUAAGCUUGAUUUCCUUGCUUGCAUUGGAGCUUUCUUCGGAGUUCUAUUUGCAUCUGUUGAGAUCGGUCUCACCGCCGCGGUAACUAUAUCAUUUGCUAAGGUUAUUCUCAUCUCAAUUCGACCGGGCACUGAAACCUUAGGAAAACUUCCUGGAACUGAUUUAUUUUGCGAUAUCCAGCAAUAUCCCAUGGCCGUCCAACUUCCUGGGAUAAUGAUAAUGCGACUCAAGUCUGCCUUGCUUUGUUUUGCAAAUGCCAAUUUCAUACGAGAAAGGAUUACGAGCUGGAUAUCGGAGGACAAUGAAGGAAAUGCAAAAAGGACCAUUCUAGUCCUCAUUCUUGACAUGUCUAGUUUGAUGAACAUCGAUACAUCCGGAAUUGCUUCUCUGCAGGAGCUGCGUAAAACUUUGACUUCACAGGGAAUCGAGUUAGCAAUUGCAAAUCCAAGGUGGCAAGUGAUUCACAAACUAAAGCUAGCAAACUUUGUGAGUGAAAUAGAAGGAAGGGUCUUUUUGACUGUUGGAGAAGCUGUGAAUGCUACAACUAUUAGUGCUAAAAAUAUUCCUAUAUAA